GAAAUUAGGGAGAGGAGAGGUGCAGCUGUGACCUGUGACCUGUGAGGGCCUGCCUGUCCGCCACUGAACUGAGCCUGCCUGAUGCAGAGGCUCGACUCCCAACCAGCAUAGUAAAGUAGAGUAAGAGACCUGCAACCACGCAAGGCAACGCUCCAUCUGUAUCUGAUCUGAUCUGAGUUGACUACACUGUCGAAUCUAAGGUAAAUCUUCUUUCUUAUUACAGAUGAUGAGAUGGAGUACUAAAAAUAAAAACUAGUAUAAUGCACUGCGAAACAUGGAUUGAAAUGCCAGAGCAACACCAACAGGGGUCAAGUAGUGAUUAGCAAAGGCCAAAGUAAAGGCAAGAGCGCUGUCUCUCCUCUCUCUCCUUUCUUUAUUGUUGUUGUUAUUGUUGAGAAAAGAAGAGAAAAUCAAAAGCGGAAAGGCAAAAGCCAAUCUGCCAUGUUGGAGAAAAGAAAACAAGUGAAGAGAGCAGACAGCAACGGCAAUCAUCCUAGGAGCAGGAGGCUUGGCUAGUUGCGACUAGGGAAGACUAAUGGAGGCGUCGUCGGAGCAGUACCGCUCCUCCUCCUCGUCGGCGAGCAGUCCGGCGCGCUACUACCUGCCCAAGCCCGGCGCGCUCCGCCGCCCCAUCUCCUUCGAGGACUCCCCCGACUGGGACGACAUCCACCUCGCCACCGCCGCCUCCGCCUCCGCCUCCGCCUCCAUCAACAGCAGCGCCUACCCGUCCCCAUCACCCUCCCUCCCCCCCGAGCCCUCCGCCUCUGGCGCUGCUGCAUGCAGGGAGCGCAAGGUAGCUGGGGCCACCCUGGUCUGGAAGGAGCUCACCGUCUCCCUCAGGGACCACAAACGCCACCGCUACUCCGACCGCGUCGUCAAGAGCUCCAACGGCUACGCGCUGCCGGCCACGCUCACCGUCAUCAUGGGGCCCGCUCGCUCCGGAAAAUCCACCCUGCUCCGAGCAAUCGCAGGGAGGCUGAGUGGCGCCGAGAGGAUGUACGGUGAAGUCUUUGUCAAUGGCGCCAAGUCUCGCUUACCGUACGGAUCAUAUGGCUAUGUUGAUCGAGACGAUGUGCUAAUCGAGUCUCUCACAGUACGUGAGAUGCUGUACUACUCGGCACUCCUGCAGCUUCCUGGUUUCUUAUCUUUGAAGAAGUCCAUAGUGGAUGAUGCUAUCGCAGCCAUGUCGUUAGGUGACCAUGCUGACAAGCUCAUUGGUGGACACUGUUUUAUGAAGAGGCUUCCUACUGGAGAGAGAAGGCGGGUCAGCAUCGCAAGAGAGCUUGUCAUGAGACCACACGUUAUAUUUAUUGAUGAACCUCUCUAUAACCUUGACAGUGUUUCUGCACUGCUCUUGAUGGUCACAUUGAAGAAACUUGCAAGCACAGGAUGCACGGUCAUCUUCACAAUGUAUCAAAGCAGCACAGAGGUUUUUGGACUUUUUGAUCGAAUUUGCUUGCUUUCAAAUGGGAACACGCUCUUUUUUGGAGAAACACUGGCUUGCCUACAGCACUUCUCAAACGCUGGAUUUCCAUGCCCAAUCAUGCAAAGUCCAUCUGAUCACUUCUUGCGGGCUAUCAAUACUGACUUCGACAGAAUCAUAGCCAUGUGCAAGAAUUUACAGGAUGAUCAAGGUGAUUUUUCGUCAGUGAGCAUGGAUACAGCAGUGGCAAUUCGGACACUCGAAGCAACUUACAAACAAUCAGCUGACUCUGUUGCAGUUGAAUCAAUGAUUGCAAAGCUGACAGAGAAGGAAGGUCCUUACAUAAAAAGUAAAGGCAGGGCCAAUGACGCAACAAGAAUAUUGGUUCUAACCUGGAGAUCUCUGUUAAUUAUGUCAAGAGAUUGGAAGUACUACUGGAGCAGACUUGCCUUGUAUAUGUUUAUUGCUCUGUCAAUCGGCACGAUAUUUACCGAUAUUGGUCAUUCAUUAUCAUCUGUAAUGGCAAGGGUUUCUGCGAUAUUUGCAUUUGUAUCAUUUAUCAUCCUUCUAAGUGUUUCUGGAGUACCCGCUCAUAUUGACGAGGUCAAGAUUUAUUCCCAUGAAGAAACUAACCGGCAUUCUGGAACAAUGGUCUUCCUGUUAGGGCACUUCCUGUCAAGCAUUCCUUUCCUAUUUCUGGUCUCCAUUUCUUCGUCAUUGGUUUUCUACUUCCUGAUAGGGCUCAGGAAUGAGUUCAGCUUCCUGAUGUACUUUGUAAUCACCAUCUUUAUGUGCCUGUUAGCUAAUGAAGCGCUUAUGAUGAUUAUCUCAUACAUCUGGCUCGAUACGUACAAAUGCACCUCAACUCUCAUUUGCCUAUACGUUAUCAUGAUGCUUGUAGCUGGAUACUUUCGAAUGCGAGAAACCUUACCCAAUUCUGUAUGGAAUUACCCAUUGUCCUUCAUUUCAUUUCACACGUACGCCGUCCAGGGCUUGCUUGAAAAUGAGUACGUCGGUACAUCAUUCGCUGUUGGACAGAUAAGGACUAUACCUGGUGUCCAAGCCGUCCGAGGCUCAUAUGAUAUUUCUUCUUCGCCAAACGCCAAGUGGGUGAACCUCCUGGUUUUGCUUCUGAUGGCAAUCGGGUACCGAAUUCUUUUGUACAUCUUGCUUCGUCUAAAAGUAAGGAAACAUGCCAGGCUUGGCAACUGGAGGUCUUGCUGGCAGAGUGUUCAUACGGCUACUGCGAAGUGACUGCCAUUUGUUGUAGGGUUUUGUUGGGUUCAUUUUUAUGUCCAUAUAUGCAUGUAUACGCAUAUUGGUUGACUAGUUGCGUAUCUAACCCAUGAAAACAAAGAAAUGCAGGUGCACAGAGGCACACUGCUACCGUAUGUAUCACCGAUUGACAAUGGAAUCAUGGGGUUGCUCUUCUUGUCUUGUAAA